AACUUCUUUGGAACAAGAACAAUUUCCAUCUUUUGUUGAGUUCCUGAAGCCGAAGAGCUCCGUAUUCUCCUUGCUGAGAUGGCUUUGGAUGGGAAAAGUGCGGUGGUGACUGGAGCAGCCAUGGGCAUAGGAAGAGCUGUGGUGGAGAUUCUCCUGAAGAACAAAGCCAAGGUGGCCCUCUUGGACAUAAAUGAGACUGCAGGUGAAAAUUUACUGGAGUCCUUGAAACAGCAGUAUGGAGCAGGGCAGGCGUUGUUCAUAAAGUGUGACGUUGAAUCAGAGGAGCAGAUUAAAGCGGCUUUUCAGAAAACCACAGAAACCUUCGGGGGAAUUGACAUCUUGUGCAACAACGCUGGAAUCCUAAAUGAGAGCAUCUGGGAGAAAACUGUCUCUAUUAACCUUACUAGUGUCAUCAGGGGGACAUAUAUUGCAUUGGAGCAAAUGAGCAAGCUGAAUGGAGGAAAGGGAGGCGUUAUUAUCAACACAGCCUCUUUGGCAGGUCUUGGUCCGUUGCAGAGCUGUCCCACCUACACAGCCACCAAGUUUGGAGUGGUGGGAUUCACCAGAGCCAUGGCAGCAGCCUCUGAUACUGCAGGAUACGGUAUCCGGUUUAAUGCCAUUUGCCCUGGGUUUGUGGAAACAGAUCUAAUGACAAACAUCCCAGUAAGGUUGGGACAAUUCUCCAACUUGGCUGGCGCCACACAAAAGUUAGUCGAAAUGAUGGGGACUUUGACCGUGUCUGAGGUAGCCGAAGCCGUUCUGGAGCUGCUGACAGACGAGACAAAAAAUGGAGAGGCCCUCCUGGUGUUACCUCAGGGAAAGAAAUACAUGCAGUUUCCAAAUUCAGUUGAAUAAAAUAAACAACUGCAGUAUCGCAAAACUGAAUUAAUGGUCAAUAUUUUGAAUGAGUCCUGCUUAAAUUCUAAUCAUUUAUGUGUGCUUAAAUGUAUAUCAAACUUAUCCAUGUAUGGUUGUUGUGUUUUCUCUUUCUUCUUUUUUUUUUAAAACCUAAAUGCAAAAAUGUUUUAUUGAACUAAUUAAAAAUCUACAGGGCUUAACUUUUUUAUA